AUGGCGUCACAUAGGAUCUGUUUCGUCUCUCUUGCUUCGCUCUCCAAUAAGAAACCCAGGAACCGACAGAAAUCUCAUCUUUGCCAAGACUUCGAAAAAGAAGAAAUGGGUAUUGAUUUGAAAGUCGGCGGCAAAGUUAAGAAGACUAAGCGUACCGCCCCCAAAUCUGAUGACAUCUACCUCAAGCUCCUUGUAAAGUUGUACCGAUUUUUGGUGAGGAGGACAGGCAGCAGGUUCAAUGCUGUGCUGCUGAAGAGGUUGUUCAUGAGUAAGAUCAAUAAGCCUCCUCUGUCACUCUCCAGGCUUGUCAAGGUCAUGGAAGGAAAGGAGGACACAAUUGCAGUGCUUGUUGGAACCAUAUGUUAG